GAGGGGCCCAGGCGCAAUUCUAGCCCGGCGGACUACCACUCCCGGCAGGCCCCGCGCGGGGCUGGGCGAGACCCUCGGCCCCGCCCCCUCCGCGGUUGCCGGGCAACGGUCCCAGACGCCGCCGCCGCGAUGGGCAAGAAGGGCGAGCGGGGCGCCAAGGACAAGAGCGCCGCGCAGGAGGAGGAGGCGCGCAACGCGGCGCGCAGGGCCGAGCACGGGGAAGAGGAGUACGUGUGCAGCGGCGCCCUGGAGCUGGACUUCCCGGAGCUUUGCGCGCGCGCCGGGCUGCAGGAGGCCCCCCGCGUGGUCAGCCGCCCCCACCCGCCCGCUGGGGGCCCCCCGGAGGAGCCCGAGGGCGCGGGCGGGGCCUGGGCGGCGGGGGAGCAGCGGGAGGCGCUGUCGGCGCUGGCCCAGAUCCAGGCCAAGUACGCCUACUUCCGGCCCGCCGUGCAGGUGGAGCUGGAGCACGAGGACCCCAAGAGCGCCCGCGAGGUCUUCAUCCGCAGUUGGAAGAUCGAGGAGAAGAUGCUGGGUAUCCUGGCCAAGUGCCUGCCGGCCCUCGCCCACCUCCAGGCCCUCCACCUCUGGAAGGUCGGCCUGAGCGACUCUGCCUUCCUCUCCCUGCUUCCCGUGCUGGCCGCCUGCGCCAACCUCAAGACCUUCGUCUUGGAAGGGAACCCCCUGCCCGAGCGCUCCUUCUACAGGCUGGUUUCGGAGGAGAGCAGCUUGGCCCACCUGUCCCUGCGCAACAACUGCAUGGACGACCAGGCGGUGCUGCUGAUUGGCCAGGCGCUCUCCUCGCUCCGCAGCUCCAACAAGAACCUGGUCUCUAUCAACCUCAGCUACAACCACAUCACGGAUGUCGGGGCCACCCACCUUGCCAACGGCCUGCGCCUCAACCGCUCCUUGCUGUCCUUGUCACUGGCGCAUAACCAGAUCGGAGACGAGGGCGCCCUGAAGCUAGCCGAGCUGGCUGCUUGCUUGCAGGUGCUCGGCCCCUUUGCCCUUACCCACACGGAGGUGGUGGAGAGGCGGCGGCUGCUGCUGGAGAAGGAGGCGCAGGAGAGAGGCCGCCUGCCCCAGAGACACUCCGAGCUGAAAAGUGACCGUCCCGCCAGCCACGUUAGCAGCACCACCAUUGACAAGCUGCAGACCGCCAAGGGCGCCAAGGCCGUCGUCAAGAAGAAGGAACCCACCAAAAAGGAGGAGAAGGGCCCAGCGGGCGGAGCUGCUCCCGCACAGCCACCAGCGGCACCAGCGGCCCAGGCCAAGAAGGAGGAUGCCAAGCAGUCCAAGAAAGCCGUUCCCCCAGUUGAUCCCAAAGCAAAGGGGGCCAAGGGAGUGAAGCUGGGCUCUAAGGACAAGCGGUCCCAGGUCCUGGAAGUGGAGCAGAUCCUGGAGCCCACUGAGAUGAUGAACCCCCUCCUGGAACCAGCCGAGCACCGCGAGGGGCAGGUUUUCCUUCAGGGAAACCGCGUUCUGAUCUACCUGAACCUCAUGCAAAAACCAGUUCCCGGCCGAGAGCAAGACCUACGGCAGAAUCCAGGAACUCAUGGGGCCCCGAGACCCCCUCCCCAGGGCCUCCAGACCAGAGGAAGAGCUGCUCGCCGCUGCCCAGUAAGCCAAGGCCAGCUGCACCCAGAAGCUCUGAGCCCAAACCUGCUGGGUAGAGUCCCCAGCACUGGCACCAGAGGCCAGAGAAGCCCCCUCCCCACCCCCCUUGAAGGCUCUCCUCACAAGACUGGAAGGAUGGAGUCCUCCCUUCCGCCCAUUAAAAGUCACACGAGAAACCUUGAUUUUUUUCUCUUGUGUGUAAGAAGUUCCGUGUGGGGAAAGAAGCCGUUAAGGCUGGUGCGAUCAGAGGGGCCUUCCAUCACAGCCACGUGCGCCCCCCCCCCUCUGGCUGGGUGGCCCAGAAUCAGAGGUGGGCACUGGCCUUCCCUCAGCCAGGGUGGACCCUCCCUCCACAGCCCACCUCUCUGCUUUCCCACUCAAAAGACUUCCACUAGCCAAACAGCAGCUGGGCUGUUGUUUGUGCGAAUCAAGGUGCGAAUGCACGCUUAAGAGCCCUGUGUGGGUGUCAGGAAAACCCCCCCUCAGAUCCCCCUCCCUUCUUCAGCCUUUCCAUCACCUGCCACCUGUAAAUGGAAAAACAGGCCUCUCUCACAUGCAAGAGGUUGAAGAGUAUUUUACUUUUUUUCUGUUGAAAAGUCUUUUUAGCGCUGAAAGCAAUAAAAUAAAACCAGCUUUCAGCGUCGUAACUCCGGUGCGCUCAUGGCAUAAACUCCAGGGGUCAGAAGGGGCCCGGGGAGAACCGCUUGGCUGCUGCUGCCUGAGAAGAGCCAGGAGUCGCUUCAUUGGGGGAUGGGGGUUGUACAGCAGCCCCUGACUGCUUCCGCAAGCACGGCCAGGGGGGUCUUCCCAGCCCCAGAAGGGCCAGACCCUUCAGCAAAGACCCUCGGAAGAAGGAAUGGAGACAAGUUUAAAAAAAAAAAGAA